AUGUGGGGGGGAAGUGCUCUGAAGUCCGAGGAGCAGGACUCCGGCUCCUUUGGCCCACAUGGACCCGCUUUAGGCCCCUGUGGGACCCAGGCCUCAGACCCACUGUGCCCCCCCGUGGCUCUCAGCUGUGUGUCUGCUCUGUUCUUACUCCUGUCCUCUGGGCUUGCGGGGCUGGGUCCGGGCCCGGGGUCAGGUCCAGGGUCGGGUCCCAGGGGGGCUCUGACUGCUCUCUACAGACUCCUGGGGCAUCUGUGUGCUUCCACUGGGGCCGUCCUGUCCAGGCAGCUGCAGAUCCAGGUGGUGUGGGCCGCUUUCGCUGCCUCCCUGGACGCAGUGGCGUUCCUCAGCUGUUGUCUGCCCGUGUGUCUGUGCUGGAACUCUGAGGAAGGACGGGUGCUGAGGAUGAGGAGGAGACGAAGGAGACAGUGCGUCCUUUCGGUGUCUGUCCUGAUGGUGCUGGGCGGAGGCUUCCUCAGGGCUGGAGUGGGUCAGAGCUCUGCAGACGUUUCACUUCCUGUCCAGAGGAGACUGUUCUCUGUCAGCCCUGAAGCCCGUUCUGAUAUCCUUGGUUACACUCUUGGCAUCCUGUCCUUUGUAAUCGCCUGUACUUCCAGGUUCCCUACACUCCACAGAGCAUCCCAGGGCCAUACGCUGCCCAGGGCCCAUGCUGUGUCGGUGGUGAUGCGUUCACUGUCCGGUGCCUUCUACGCCGCUGCCAUCCUGCUCUCUGACACUCACUAUGCUUUUCUUCUGCGGGUCAUGCCGUGGUUGUUGUCAGCAGUGUCCGGUAUCAUCCUGGACCUUCUCUUGGGACUCCUUCAUUUAUUGAACCUCUGCAGCGGUGCAGGGAUCAGCUGUGAAGAAAAGCCUACAGUACACAAUAAACAGGAAGUUCAUUCAACAGCACAAACAAAGAUGAAAAGUUUCCUGAAGGCGACGGACAUGGGACGAUAUAUAGACGUCAUUGCACAGCCUAUAUGCCUGAAGGAGAUCUCGGUGUCCAAGGAGACGGAGGACCGGUCUGCGAACGGGGUGGAGCGCUUGAUCCGAGUGGACAGUUUCUACUCAGACACGUCCUUAGACUCAUCCACAGUCGGCUCAGAUCUGGAGUGGGAUUUUGAAGAGGUCAGUGUGCAGUGGAGUGAACCAGCAGGAAAACCACAGGACAGGACGGAGCGUCUCCCAUCAAACAGCCUUCAACCCAUUAACAUCUAAAGCGCAGAGGGGCUUAAACAUAUUCCUGCUGAAUGUCAAAAGUCACUGACAUGUUCUACAUGUGGUCCUUACAUUUCAGUUAUAAUAAAU